AUGGCACUGGCGGCAAAACGAACCCUCUCGGAGCUAACGCCUGAUCCAACACCGGCGGUACCACAGAUUCCGACCCAUCGGCUGUACAAACGGAUUCGCCGCAACGCGUGCAAAGGCAGCGGAACGCUUACGUCCAUCCUCGGGCUCGUGACGCAGCUCGAGGACGCGACGAGUAACGAGGCGCUGCAGAUUCUGAUCAAAAUCACCGAUUCGAUGCAGUUCGACGAGAGCGAGUUCCCGGACGCGAUCCGUAGGCUGGUGGAGCACUUUCUGCGCGAGCCCGAAUCGGCGGUCCGGGUGAAGAUACUGUCACUGUUUGGCGAUCUCGCGACCGAAACCGGCAUCGACGGGCAGCAGCUGAUCGACGAGGUGAUCAAGCUGCUGAAGAACGAACGAUCGUCCAAGGUCAUUUCGCAGGGCCUCACAGUACUCGGCCGGAUCGGCAGAUCGUUCACGCCCACGGUGUCCUACAUCAACAAGAUGGUGUUCUUUGCGAAGGUGAAACUGUUCUCCGCGAGUCACAACGUCCAGCGGCACGCCAUCCUGCUGUUGGGCGUGUUUGUGCUCGUGUCCGACGCGGAGAAGGAAAGUCUCGAGCUGAUCGGCAAGUACACCGAUUCGCCGGAUGCCCGCGUGAGGGCACAGGCGUUCCGCUCGAUGCUGACCCUGGGCGAUCGUGGCGUUCAGCUUCCGCCGUCACUGUACCCACGGGCCUGUGCCUCACUCGCGGACGAUUACGAGUGCGUACGGCGGGAAGCGUUGAACAUGGUGUGUGAGCUCGGUAUCCGGCACCCGGAGAAGUUGAUCAAGGUCCAAGACUCGGAACAAGAGGUACGCAUGAUCGAUGACGCGUUCGGGAAGGUUUGCUCGGCGAUCUGCGAUCUGUCGAUGAACGUGCGCACACAGGCGGCCGAGCUGCUCGGCGGCAUGACGGCGGUCAGCGACGGGUUCCUGCACCAGACGCUCGACAAGAAGCUGAUGAGCAAUAUGCGGCGCAAGAAGAGCCUGCACGAGCGCAGCGCGGCCCACUUUGCGAGCGGCGAGUGGUCCAGCGGCAAAAAGUGGGCCGACGACGCCCCGAAGGAGGUCAUCUCGGCCGACUCCGUGUCCCUGAUGGCGUCCGGUGCGUGCGGUGCGCUGGUACAGGGCCUGGAGGACGAGUUCCUCGAAGUGCGGACGGCCUCGGUGAACUCGAUGUGCAAGCUGGCGCUUAAGAAUUCGCUCUUUGCCGUGACGUCGCUCGAUUUUCUGGUCGACAUGUUCAACGACGAGAUCGAGGAGGUUCGCCUGCGCGCGAUCUACAGCUUGACGGCGAUCUCGCGCCACAUCAUUCUGCGCGAGGAUCAGCUCGAGACGAUGCUCAGCUCGCUGGAGGACUACUCGGUGGAGGUGCGCGAGGGCUUGCACCUGAUGCUGGGCGCGUGCAAAGUGUCCACCAAAAACUGUCUCACGCUCGUCGUGCAGAAGGUGCUCGACGUGCUGCUCAAGUACCCGGAAGAUCGGCUCUCGACCUUCGGCUGCAUGCAGCGCGUCGGCCAGAAGCACCCGGAGAUCUGCAUGUCGAUCACGCCGCAGCUCCUGCAGGAUCACCCGUUCUUCGAUAGCGCCGAGCGGGACGUCGAAGAUCCGGCGUACGUGUGCGUGCUGAUCAUGCUGUUCAACGCCGCCCAGCAUCUGCCCGCCAUGCUGAGCCUGUUCCCCGAGACCACCAUCAAACACUACGCGUACCUGCGCGACACGAUGCCCAACUUUGUCCCCCGGCUCGAUGUGGGGGGCGACGGCAAAGAACUGAACCUAACCGGAUCGACCGGAUCACGGCAGUUCCUGGAAACGCUGCUCAGCAACAUUCAGCGCGCCUACUCGGCCCCACAGGCCCGCCAGGCCCUCCUGAAGGCGGCCCAGGACGAUCUUGAUCGGUUGGCCGAAAUUGAUCCGGCCUUCUCCGGUACGGCCAACUUUACGUCCGUGUUCUUCGGGGCCCAGCUGCAGAUGGAACAGCUACAGCUGGCCGCCACCGGGCACUCGAUCAAGGCCCCGAUCAAGGAGUGUCUGCAGCAGCUGAUCAAAAAGUGUCUCAUGCUGCAGAACCUGUUCUCGAACCUGACCACCGACGACCAGCUGCUCGUGAAGCAGAUGUGCCUGCGGGCCAGCGCCCUGAACUUGGUGCUGAUCGUGAAGGACCGAGCGCAGAGUGCCCUCGGGCCGUGCCAACUGUUGCUGCACAUCGCGAGCGAUGCGAGCAGCUUUCUGCAGGAGAACGUGGCCCUCGCUGCGGACUCGUUUACCGGCGGAAUCCUGACCAAGCUGGCGGCGAUCGGUGAUCCGAAGCCGGGCCGGGUGUAUCGAGAAAUCUUACCCAUCGUACAAACCGCGGCCCCGGUCGUCAUUCCACAGAUCAACACCAAUAUCAAAAUGUGUAAAGCGCGGAUCAUCGAACCCACGGAGAGCUCGUACAGUGCCGACAACGUCAUCAAGGUGACGGCCGGCCUGAUAGCGGCCGUUCCGUUCGUGGCGGAGCUGGACAACCUGCAGCAAACGCAGCGGCAAGAUUUGCGGCUGAAGAUCAAGUACCCCGACCAGAACGUGCACAUCAUCGUGCCACGGAAGCGCGACCUGAAGAAGGUCAUGACGGAGCAGGGCGAAAGCGAGUCCCAGUGGCGGCUGCGGACGAAGGUGCUCCUGUCGCACGGUGUCUGGACCGAAGCGUCGACCGUCGAGAUCACGAUCUGUCUGUCGGUGCGCGCGAACAACGAGCUGGAACUGUGCAAACCGGUCAAGGUGCACUUUGCGCCGAAACCGGUCAAACGUGGCCUGUGA